AUGGAUGCUCUUGAGAAUGAAAUGCUAUUAUUUUCACCCAAUAUAACGGAAAUAAAUUAUGGAAUUUUCGACUUGUGGAAUAGAGGAUAUAAUGAAUACGAAGUGCUGUACCUACUACAAAACAGUCUUUAUUCCAAUUUGAUACGAAUAAAGAAUGAGAAGUAUAGAAGCUAUGUGGAACAAUAUUUGAAGGAUAUAAGAAACAAAGAAAAGAAUGGUGAUACUAAUAUAGAGGAUGAAAAAGAGACAAUAAGAAGAAAGCUGUCUAAAGACAAUGUUUUUUUUGAAAAACAUAAUUUAAUGAAUAUGAGUAAUAUAGAUAAUAGGGGCAAUGGAUAUUUAGGCGGUAAUGUUCUUUUCCACCGUUUUUUGUGCAUGUAUGUACAACAACAGUUUUAUGUUUUUAAUAUUUUGGCAUAUCAUUUAACAAAUUUAGAUUUACGCUUUUCUAAUUUUCAUGUUCCGAUCAAUAAAAAUAAAGCUCAGAAAUUAAUAAGAAUAUAUUUUAAUAUUGAUUUCAAUUUAGAGAAGGAAAUAAUAAAAUGUAAGAGUAUUAAUAAUGUAGCAAAAUACACGAAUGAAUUGGUAAAAAUUACGAAUAUUAACAAAUCAUCAGUAAGAAAACAAUUAGAAAACAUAAAAAAUGUGUGGAAAUACAUAUUAAGUACAUAUGAAGAUAGAAAUGUAAACAUGCGCACAAUGCACAAAAAGAGAAAGAUAAGUAUAAAGAGAAUUGUUAAAUUUAUUAAAACCUAUUUUCAACUUUACAAAUUUUUUAUUAAAAAAGGAGAAUCUGUUAAAAUAAAUACGAAUGAUGAUCCUAACCGUAACAAUAGAUCAUUUCUAUUUAAUAAUAAAAAGAAAAAACGAAAAGGAAAAGGAAAGAAAAAAGGAAAAAGCAAUACGAAUUCAAAAAAUGAAUAUGUUCAACAUAAUAUAAUCAAAAUUUUAGAAAAUAUGUUAGGUAUUUAUUUAGCAAAAAGAUAUUUUCGCUUAUACUGGAUUAUGGUAUACCAUAUAGAAGUACCUAAAAAGAUUAAUAUUGCUUAUCCUUAUUUUAAUAAUAUUAUUUUAUUAUUAUUAGAAAAGCUACAAAUUAACGAUUUUAUGUUGCCAAAGGAAUAUAUAAAUAUAAGUAAAAACAUAUAUAGCACAUAUAAAAGCAAUAAGAAAAUGGACAGACUAAAAAGUAAGUUGUACUCCCUGGCGGAUAUUGACAGCUCCUUAAGAAGCAGUGCUCUGAUUAGGCUUAAGUGCAUCCUGAAUCUUUUAUGCUGCUUUAGAAAUUCUUACGAGCUAACGAAGCUUUUGUUAAUUUUUUAUGAAUUACAAAAAUAUGAGCCCUUUAUUAAUGAGAAAACAUUUAUAAAACAGAACAUUGGAAACAACGACUUCGUAAAUAGGAUUAUGGGCUUUAUAAAGGAUGCAGAGAAUUUUUCCAAAAGAAAAAAGGCAGAAUAUGAAAAUCAAUUGGGGAUUGAAGAACCAAAUAAUUUUUAA